AUGCAUCCAUUGAUCGUUUUCUUCUACAAGGAAACAGACACUCAGAAGCCGCCGGAAGCAUCGCCGACCAAUGAACAAAAGUCGACUGAACUUCCUUUAGCUCCAACAGUUAAACCUGACAGUCAUCCUGAAAACAAACAGCCCACGACAGUGGUACCAACUACCAGCAAUAAUAUCACACCCGUACCUACCGGCGGCAAAACCGAAAAAACAGAACAGUCAACCAAAGAUGGUACGACACAUCCAGCGCCUGCUCCCACUACUCCAAAACCUGUCCAGUCAUCAACUGCACCACCAUCUGCUAAACCGACUCAAUCUUCUGAUGCUCCAUUGCAAGCAAGAGGUUUUGAUGGCGCAAGUUUCAUCGGGGGCAUUAUAUUGACACUGGGUCUGCUAGCAAUCGGCUUCAUGGGCUUCAAGUACUACAAGAACCAAACUGAAAGGAAUUACCAUACACUGUAAAAAUGUUGUGUCACCAUAUAACGUAAGGGCAGGUCUAUGUUAGGCACCUAAUUUUACUUUUAGUUAAAUAUUAAUUUGAAUCUUGUACCAGAGGGCGCGUCAUUCAAAAUAAGUGACAGGGUUUCAGUUUAUAUAAAUCUCUGUAUCACGAAAAAUAAUAUAAAAAUCUCUCUAUCACAAAAAUAAUAAUAAUGGUGGUUGGCGAAUCUCCUCUAUACCUACUUUCGAAUUUAUGUGGAUAUAAAUUAUUUUAGUCUUGUAAUUUAAAUGUGAAAACCGUCUAGUUUGGCAUUUAUCUCGCGUAAGUUGCACGGUUUUUAUACAGAAGUGUGAAUUUGUUUGUUGUAGUACAUUGAAAUUGAAGGUAGCUAUCUUACAGAAAUUGUUACUUCAAUGUUAUAUUGAUAUUACUAUUAUUAUUAUGCAGCUGUUUCAGAUUUAUUAUCAGAUAUUUAAGAAUACUUUGAGUGCAAUUUAGCAUUAGUGCUGUUCUUGUAAAACUGUGCCAUGUUUCUCAGGUCUCAAUUUGUAAUGCAAUUUUUUGGAAAACACUUCACUGUAACCAGCUUGAAACACUCAAUUUUCAAAGAUUUAUUGUAGUUAUAAGAAUAUUACUAUUUGUAAGUGAUACUAUAGGGAAACACAAUGUGAUGAUGGAAAUAAGGGU